GUGUGGCAUUCGCCUAUACAAGCCGCAUUUUGCCAAUGAUAAGAGCAGCUACAGCUGACAGUACGAGAGCGAUCACUUAUUCCACAGAGCACAUCUGGGAAAGCUGGAAUCUACUCUUCCCACCAAAUCCUGUUCAAAAUGCGUGAAAUUGUGCACGUUCAGAUUGGCCAGUGUGGAAACCAAAUUGGAUCGAAGGUAGGAAACUGGUUUUUAAUAACAUUUCUAAGAGACAAGGCAGUGCUGCCUUUAAUAGCUGGAUCUAAAGUGAAUUUCGACAAAGCUGAAUCGGGAUGCUACUGAAAUGCUCUCCUUGGGCAAACUUGGUUAAAAUAAAAUCAAGCCUGAAGUACGUAAGAUAUAUCUGUCACCUCCUCAUACUGCAAAUAGCCACCAGAUAGCCAGCCAUUUCAUCUAGAGGCAUAUCAAUGAGUUCAAACAGGAAACAUAGGUUUUACAGCACAAUUUAAUACGCUAAAGAUCCACAAAGAUUCAGUGGUGUUCAUUCCUUUCCUUGUACAUAUAUUUAGGAUAACAGCCUUUGUGAAAGAACCUGAUGUUUUAAAGUUUACGUAUAUUUCUGUUGUCCACAAACAAUUUUACUUGGCAGAAGGGCAUUGUGGGGAAGGUGAGUUGGAGAAAUACUUUGUGUUGUUAAUGUUUCCAGGAAGCGGUCCAGAAAACCUUGUUAUGUAAAUUACAUAAAUAAAUAUGUAAGAUGUCAGUAAGAUGAGCAGCCAAAGGUCUGGCGGCACUUUUGUUUCAAAUAUUAUAUACCCUGAGGAACCUUGUUGUAACUACAGCUGGUGGGAAAUGGCAGCGUAGGAUUGCACACAGAGGCUGCAGUCUUAAGAAUUCUCAAUGGAGUAGCAAACAGAGGAUUUACAUGAAGGGUCUUUCAUUCAGUAGUUAGUAGCCAUGACAGCUAAAUGCAACCUCCAAACGGUCAGAGGGAGUGUAUACCAUGUUUGUGCAGGGGACAAACAACGGGGCUAGUCUACCACGACAUGCUGGGAGGUUUUGCUCUGUCCCAGCGAGGCUAUUUACAUGCAUGUAAAUGGAAGCAUUCUAAACACAAAUGGAUUGUGAACAAAAUACAAGAGGCAUUUAAAAGGCCGGUGGCUACACAGGAGGAGGGUGUGCCCGCAUGCAUGACGCCUGCUGUUCCAGAUAAAGAGACAGCCGGGCUGGAUGUGGGGAGUGGGGAAGCUAGAUAGAUGUCUCCUGUUAUUCUGGUUUUGUGUGUUGCUUCCAGUUAAAAGUCUGCCUGGUUGCUGCCACAUAAGGAUUCUGGGUUGCAGGAUUGGCUCACGUGUCAUGCCCUCCCUACAAGGAUAUAUCCUGGUGUAGGAAGAAAAUGUGGGACACUACCAUCACCUGGGAAGACCUUUCCCAUGUUGUUGUUGUUGUUUAGUCAUUUAGUUGUGUCCGACUCUUCAUGACCCCAUGGACCAGAACACGCCAGGCACUUAUGUCUUCCACUGCCUCCCGCAGUUUAGUCAAACUCAUGCUGGUAGCUUCGAGAACACUAUCCAACCAUCUCGUCCUCUGUCUUCCCCUUCUCCUUGUGCCCUCCAUCUUUCCCAACACCAGGGUCUUCUCAAGGGAGUCUUCUCUUCUCAUGAGGUGGCCAAAGUACUGGAGUCUCAGCUUCACGAUCUGUCCUUCCAGUGAGCACUCAGGGCUGAUUUCCUUAAGGAUGGAUAGGUUUGAUCUUCUUGCAGUCCAUAGGACUCUCAAGAGUCUCCUCCAGCACCAUAAUUCAAAAGCAUCCAUUCUUCGGCGAUCAGCCUUCUUUUUGGUCCAGCUCUCACUUCCAUACAUCACUACUGGGAAAACCAUAGCUUUAAUUAUACGGACCUUUGUUGGCAAGGUGAUGUCUUUGCUUUUUAAGAUGCUGUCUAGGUUUGUCAUUGCUUUUCUCCCAAGAAGCAGGCGUCUUUUAAUUUCAUGGCUGUUGUCACCAUCUGCAGUGAUCAUGGAGCCCAAGAAAGUAAAAUCUCUCACUUCCUCCAUUUCUUCCCCUUCUAUUUGCCAGGAGGUGAUGGGACCAUCUUAUUUGAUUAGGUGGGAUUUUUUUUGCCAAUUGUGGCACAUGCAGGCUACACCAGAGUUUACACCUGUCUAGAAAGAAUGUCAUGUGUGUGCUGGGCCAGGAAAAGUUUCAGGAAAGGGCUACCAAGACGAUCAAGGGGCUAGAGCAUCAGGGAGAUUUUAGACUUCAGAAAAAGCGAGUAAAAGGAGACAUGCUAUAGGUGUUCAAAAGAAUGCAUGGUGAAUAGUUACAUAUUACGUGCAGAACUUUAUGGACUUAAUAGAUAAGGUAAAGGACCUCUGGAUGGUUAAGUCUAGUCAAAUUCUACUAUGGGGUGUGGCACUCAUGUCCGCUUUCAGGCCGAGGGAGCCAAAGUUUGUUUGCAAACAGCUUUCCGGGUCAUAGGAGCCAACUCCUAGGGGCCAUGGGGGCAUCAGCCCCCACAGUAAAAUAUUUGAGUGGGCUGGGCCUGCACAAAGUUGAUGGGCAUUCCCAUUCAGAUGGUGUGUGUGCAUUGCAUCAUGCGAUCAAUUAUGCGGGGCGGGGCUUACCUCGGCCCCCACAAUAUUUUAUUAAAGUUGGCACCCCUGUUCCGGGUCAUGUGGCCAGCAUGAUUAAACCACAUGUGGCACAAUGGGAUACCAGAGGGCAUGGAAAUGCUGUUUACCUUCCCAAGCUUAUUAUCCUCUUGUGGUAACACAGAGGCAGGCUUUUUCGAAGGUGGCACCAGUAUUGCGGAAAUAUGAUAGAGUCCAUAGCUGUCAACUUUUCCCUUUUCUUGCGAGGAAUCCUAUUCGGAAUAAGGGAAUUUUCCUUUAAAAAGGGGAAACGUUGACAGCUAUGAUAGAGUCCCAUAAGUAUUGUUAUUGGCAUGUGAUUACUAUUCUCUGUUUUUUACCUUCCUCUUUCAGUUCUGGGAAGUCAUAAGCGAUGAGCAUGGAAUUGAUACCACGGGAAACUACCGCGGAGACUCACCACUGCAGCAGGAAAGAAUUAAUGUUUAUUUCAAUGAAGCAUAUUGUAAGUACAUAUGUUGUUGAUAACUGGGUGGGGAAAUUAGAUUACAAGAGCAAAAGCAGCGGAUGAAAAUAGAAAAAGCCUUGUCAUCUCUCACUGCCACUGUCUCUUAACCAUUUAUAAAGACUGUUGGCUAGGCUGCAGUAUUCACUAUCAGAUACUACACUUGGGCAAAAAAAAUACUGCACUUGGGCAAAAAAAAAAAAAAAAAAAAGAGAGGCACAAAUACAAGAUGGGUGACACCUGGCUUGAGAGCAGUACAUGUGAAAAGGAUCUAGGAGUCUUGGUUGACCACAAACUUGACAUGAGCCAACAGUGUGACACAGCAGCUAAAAAAGCCAAUGCAAUUCUGGGCUGCAUCAAUAGGAGUAUAGCAUCUAGAUCAAGGGAAGUAAUAGUGCCACUGUAUUCUGCUCUGGUCAGACCUCACCUGGAGUACUGUGUCCAGUUCUGGGCACCACAGUUCAAGAAGGACACUGACAAACUGGAACGUGUCCAGAGGAGGGCAACCAAAAUGGUCAAAGGCCUGGAAACGAUGCCUUAUGAGGAACGGCUAAGGGAGCUGGGCAUGUUUAGCCUGGAGAAGAGGAGGUUAAGGAGUGAUAUGAUAGCCAUGUUCAAAUAUAUAAAAGGAUGUCACAUAGAGGAGGGAGAAAGGUUGUUUUCUGCUGCUCCAGAGAAGCGGACACGGAGCAAUGGAUCCAAACUACAAGAAAGAAGAUUCCACCUAAACAUUAGGAAGAACUUCCUGACAGUAAGAGCUGUUCGACAGUGGAAUUUGCUGCCAAGGAGUGUGGUGGAGUCUCCUUCUUUGGAGGUCUUUAAGCAGAGGCUUGACAACCAUAUGUCAGGAGUGCUCUGAUGGUGUUUCCUGCUUGGCAGGGGGUUGGACUCGAUGGCCCUUGUGGUCUCUUCCAACUCUAUGAUUCUAUUCUAAACAUGCAUAUGAGAAAUGGUUUGUUCAAGGAAAAAUAAAAUAGGUAUCAAAGGAGCAUUCCUGGAUGCCAAGAUCCAAGCUGGGGCAAGUACACUUUGGUGAGAGAACCCCAGCAAAGAUUGAAAACCACAAAAGAUUUAGAAAAGUAAAACGUUGAAAUAUAGGCUGUUAGACCUUUAAAAUAUGCCCUUCUAGGUUCCUUCCAAAGUUCCCCUCUCCCCCAGCAUAGUAAAAGACCACAGAAAAAGACCACAGAAAAAGACCAACUCUCCAAAUGUGCUUUUCCAUACAGCAUUCAGAAAAAGUUGUUCAGGCGGUGAAACUUGACUUAGUUAGGCUGGUGAAAGUUCCUAAAUGAUUGGACUAGGAACUCAAGAGUGGCUUUGAAGAGCCAUGCGGUCUGAGCUGCAGCACCCAGCUCAGACCUCCUCACAAUUUACCUUCUCUGGUAGAGUGAGAUACAACAACUGCCUUAUUUACCUUCCUCCCAAAGUGAGGGGGAGUGACCUAGCUAAGCCUAGCAGGACAGUUUACUCUAUGGCAUUAACUCCUUCAUGCAUUAAAUAGCCUUAAGCAUGUUGGUUAUAUGAGGCUGGUUAUAAGAUGCAAAAGAGGUUAGUGCUGCAAUCCUAUCAUCAUUUUCCUAGGUAGAUACUUCUGAGUAGAUACUUACAGGAUUGCACUCUACAUGACAUUUCUAUUCAUCUGGGGUUGUAACCUGGACACAUUUACUCAGGAGUAAACACCAUUGAACACAGCAAGAUUUCCUUCUGAAGUCCAAUACUGGUGAAAGGACAGUGUCUUCUAGUGCACUUGAGGGCAGCAGCCCAGUGUAGGGGGUACAGGGCACGCCAUGAGGCACUCACAGUUCUGUUCCUUGCCUGUAUCUCAGCAUCUGCCACCUGAGCUGCCUCAUGGUAGGGAUGAUGAGGGUUGUACUCUGGCAAUAUAUUCAAGGACACAGGUUUUUCACUUCUGUGCUCUAGUGUUCUAAAUGAAAUAUGUACACCAAAGAAAUGAUUUGUGAAGGAAAUACAUGCAGAAGAUACUUGCCUCAGUCAUGACCCUGAACUUCCCCCCUUUUUUGCUGUAGCCCACAAGUAUGUUCCUCGUGCUAUCUUGGUGGACUUGGAGCCUGGAACAAUGGACAGCGUGAGGUCCAGCAAAAUAGGCCCACUCUUUCGACCAGAUAACUUUAUUCAUGGUAUGUGUGCCGCAUUAAUAAUAUGGAUAUAAUUUAAUAGAUGAUGGUCUCAUAAGAAAUAAAGUUGUUGUCUAUCAAAUGGGGCCUCUGAGGAGCUAGCCUCUCUAUUCAUUGCUUCAGAACACUUAAGAAGCCACUUGUAUUUAUAAUAAAAUAUUUAUAGGUCUCAUGAUUACAGGGGAAAAUCCUAAAAGAUUUGGGAUUUUUUAAAAAACAAAAUGUUUAAAUUGCAGAAGGGUUCUGGAGAAGUGGGAUGUCUUCAUUGACCACAUCUUGUUCACAUAAGAAUCAAGGAUUGCUUCAGCUUCCAAAUAGUUAGCAAUAACCACUUUGCACACUCAUUCUAAAGCUUCUUCUAGAAAGACAAUUUGGGGUUUGCGGUUGCACAUUUCGUCAAUGUUUAGCAUAAGUUUUGAAACCCUUGAUAACAUGAAGGCAAGCCUAGAUCUGAAUUUCCUGAAGAUUUCUAAACUAGAAUAUUCCCCCCCCUCAAAUAUAUAAUCUAGCAGCCCAAUCCUAUGCAUGUUUUCUCUAUAUAAAAAGAGAGAGAUUAUGCAGCCCAGUACAUGUCAGCCUUUCUGCAUGUUGCAAACACAAGCUGUUCUCAGCACAUUUAGGGCAGAGGGACGCCAGCCUCUUGGGGCCUGUUGGCCACAUUGAGAAUUUUAAGAUAACAGGGCGGGCACCAGUCUCAACAAAAUGGCUGCAAUGUGAAAACGGCAUAUUAUAAAAUGGUUGCCACAAGAAAAGAGACAGUGAAUGCAAAAACAGAAGGUUUGAAACAAGAGUAUAACAAGCCAAACAUGUUUGAGGAUCCUCCUUUUCCAAACAAAACAAAACAAAACAAUCAAUCAAUCAAUCUUUAUUAUGGUCCAGACACCAACAAAUCGUUACAAAGCAAUACACAAUUCAUACAGCCUACCUCCAGGUUAAACAAGCAUUUUGUCCAGAAUAUAGGAAUCAUUGGUUCUUGCAACCACCGAUAAAAACUUUGCCACUGCUAAUGUUCUAGCAUUUGUCCGGUCUUCCAAUAGCAACCUGACAUAGUGAGCCUCUGAUUUUCCCGGGAAAGGUACCAGCAAGGGUAAUAUCAGUUCAGCCCUGGCUUGCUCAUAUUUUGCACAGUGCAACAAAAUAUGUUUUAUGGAAUCGAUGUCUUGAGCACGUGAGCAAAGUCUGUCCUGGUAGGGAACUCCUCUCAACCUGCCAUCCAACACUGCUGAAGGAAAGACAUUUAGUCUGGCUUUGGUGAAAAGCCUUCGAUAGUUUGGUACUGUCAGGUUUUUAAUGUAAGAUGUUAACUUAAAGACAUGCCCAUAUUGUACUCCUACUGCCAGCGGACUACAGACUGCGUGUGAUCGAGAUCGCAAGUCGCUGUGUGCAUUAUCCCAUAAUCUUUGCUUUAACAUCUUGUGGGUGCCUUCAUAACCCACUACAACAACAAAACAGAACAAAAUUCUGGCACGAUUAAGUUUGUAGUGGAGUAUCUGCGAAGUUAUGCAGAACAAUAACAUAAUACCACAGCCUCCACUCUUAGCUCCAUUGAAGACUAUUAUCCCUUCGCUUUAUAUUUAGAUCUAGUCAUGUCCACUUUUAAACUAAAAAUGUGCUCGGUGUUUCAGCAGCAUUUUCAGCCCUUUCCGUUGUUUCUAGGAAAUUCUGGCGCCGGGAACAACUGGGCAAAAGGCCAUUACACUGAAGGGGCCGAAUUGAUUGAAAGCGUGAUGGACGUCGUGAGGAACGAGUGUGAGGGCUGUGACUGCCUGCAGGGCUUUCAGCUGACCCAUUCCCUUGGUGGCGGGACUGGGUCUGGAAUGGGCACCCUUCUGAUCAACAAGAUCAAAGAAGAAUACCCUGACAGGAUCAUGAACACCUUCAGCGUAGUACCAUCCCCCAAGGUUUCGGACACUGUCGUUGAGCCAUACAACGCUAUAUUAUCCAUCCACCAGCUGAUAGAGAACACGGACGAAACCUUCUGCAUCGAUAAUGAAGCCCUCUACGACAUAUGCUUUAGGACGCUGAAGCUUCCCUCGCCGGCCUAUGGGGACCUCAACCACCUGGUGUCCCUCACCAUGAGUGGCGUCACCACCUCCCUCCGCUUCCCUGGCCAGCUCAAUGCAGACUUGAGGAAGCUGGCCGUCAACAUGGUGCCUUUCCCUCGGCUGCAUUUCUUCAUGCCAGGCUUUGCACCACUUACGGCCCGGGGCAGCCAGCAGUACAGAGCCCUCUCCGUCCCAGAGCUCACCCAACAAAUGUUUGAUGCAAGGAACAUGAUGGCAGCCUGUGACCCGCGUCACGGCCGCUACUUGACGGUGGCCUGCAUCUUCCGAGGCCAGAUGUCUACCAGGGAGGUGGAUGAGCAGCUGCUGGCCGUGCAGACGAAGCACAGUAGCCAGUUUGUGGAGUGGAUCCCCAACAAUGUCAAGGUGGCCGUGUGCGACAUUCCGCCCCGUGGCCUCAAGAUGGCGGCCACCUUCAUAGGGAACAACACAGCCAUACAAGAGAUCUUCAAGAGGCUGUCCGAGCAGUUCUCAGCCAUGUUCAGGAGGAAAGCAUUUCUGCACUGGUAUACCGGGGAAGGCAUGGAUGAGAUGGAGUUUUCUGAAGCUGAAAGCAACACUAAUGACUUGGUGUCGGAGUAUCAGCAAUAUCAAGAUGCCACAGCCGAUGUAGAAGAAUAUGUGGAGGUGGAAGCAGAGGCAGAGGCAAGCCAGGAAGAAGAAGAAGAAGAAAAGGAAGCUUCUUAAAAAUAAGAGUGAUGAUUGAAAGGAAUGCUGAUUAUUACCGUCAAUGAGGUGGCUGGACUUACCUAUGUUUCUAAAAUAACUUUUUAGUCUACUGAAUGCAGGAGCAGCCAUUUUUGUGCAUUUAACCAAAGCAUACACAGCCACAUUGUUGGCUGCAAUCUCUCUUUCUCUCUCAUAAAACCCCCCUACUGAAAGCCACUGCUAUAUUCUAGAAAAUAUGGUGCUGGAGCUCACCUUGUUCUCUUAUAAUGGUAAUGGCACCCACCUGAGAGGUGCCGGAACUGAGUUCCGGUGAGUUCCAGCUGAAAAAAAAAGCCCUGCUGAAAUCUGUUUAAAUUAAGUAUUUCUUCUGAAUUAGUGCAUCUAAUGCAAAUAAGACAUUUUAGACUAGUGGGGAAAAUUAUACCAGCAUGCUUCUUCAAAGGACAUAUCCCAGGGCUUCAGUUGAUGGAAGAUUACAAAGGAUGGCACGGUGACCAACAGCAGCAAAGUAGUUAAGGACAGACAAAAGGUUUCAAUUCCCCUCUGGUCAGAUGCAACCAUUCAUGGUCCUGGAGGAAGUUGCACACCUCUGUCUGCAUCAUAGACACAUCAAGCUAGUUUAAUGGAGCCUGGAUGAGUACCCUGAUGAUGUUCGGCACAUACAUCUUGCAGGAUCAGGGUGAUUGUAUUUUUUGCCUUUCUUGUGUGAGCAUCCUCUUAUGCACAUUUGUCAGAUGAGUUUGUUAAUUACCAAGGAAGGUACCGGUAUUCAAAUUUACAUGGCUGUUUCUAUCAUACUUCAUUAUUCUGACCAGCGUAUGUUCUUACUGGGCAUAUUUCUACACCAGUGAACUUCAGUACAACAGCAUUCUUACACACCUUGUAAUGGGCAGCCAAAGGGAUGUGUCCUGAGCCCCACAGCAGCACAAUGCAGAAUGGUAUUUGAUUCCAAGGAACAAAAAUAGCAGCUCCUUAGCUGACUUGCACUUUAGGUGGUAUUACAGCUAUGUUAAUUGGACAGCUGUUUUUAAAUUUCACUGAGAGUCAGGCCUCCAAUCUAUAAUAUGAGGAAGUAUGUAAAGGGAUGAGAUUUCUGAUGAAACUAGAAAGGUACAUCAAGUAGUCCAGCAUUCUUUGUUUGUUAACCAACUAAACUUAUUUAUAUUUAUGUAUAAAACAUUUCUUUACUGCCUUUUGACUCUAAAAAAAAAGAGCCUCAAAGGCUGUUUACAAUCAUCAAUAGCAGGCAUAGGCAAACCCAGCCCUCUAGAUUUUUUGGGACAACUCCCAUCAUCCCUAGCUAACAGGACUAGUGGUCAGGAGUGGUCAGGGAUGAUGGGAGUUGUAGUCCCAAAACAUCUAGAGGGCAGUUUGCCUAUGCCUGAUCAAUAGACUCAGCUCCUAUUAAUUUCUCCACCCAAGCUAUUGGCUAUUGCCAUGUUGUGAUCAGUUAAUUUAAUGUGCUCUGUACUGUGUAAAGAAACACGUCUGUCUACCCUAACUCCAACCACUAAUAUUAAUGUAGGAUUAAUAUGGCUUCAUUCUGCCACUGAAAUCAAAGAAUGAAUUACUUCCAUGGGAUCAAGAUUGGCUUACCCUGUAAAUGGCAAACAGAUAUCCAUUUGAAUUAGGUGCAUAAGUGGUUUAAGAAGUAGUUAGCCUGCAUGCAUUUUAAUUAUACUUAAAUAUUAACAGAACAUCUAUUAUUGUAAUAGGUUUUAAAUAGCUAUAUCUUUGCUUAUUCUUAAAUGUACCCUUGCUAGCUAAGAAUCCUAUUAUACCUGUAAGAUUUGAAACACGUUUAUAGCGCACUCCAGAUACCAUUUUAUGAAUCUGAUGAAGGCUGCAGUCCUAUGCAUUUUUACGUUAGGAGUAAGCUCUACUGAACACACAUGGGGACUUACCUCUGAGUAAGAGUGACAUGGCUGCAGGCAGCAAGUGUAUAUAAACUUGUGUAUCGAAGAAAAGCCAGAAAAUGCAAGGAGCAAUAGGCUAUCCCAUUUCCACCGAGAACACACAUGCGCAUACGGAAGUCAACAGGGCUGUUCGUGUAUCACAUUCAAUAAGUCAACAAUCCACAGACAAAAAUAGUUGGCGCCGCAUACUCAUACAAAUAUUCACACUCAGUGAGUGGUCUGUGUUCACAAUGGCUGAGCUGUUACAAACCACAAAGUGCAGUCUCUCACAAACACAUGUACAUGUGUAGAGUCAGCCUAUACCUGAGUUCACUGUAGCAUGUGAACAAGCCAACUGCACCUUAGAAUGAAUUGCAGUAUUAACACACAUGGAAAGACAAUAGUUCCCUGUAGUAAAAGAUUCUCCUGCAAUUUUUCUGUUAGCCUUAAAGAUGCCACUGAACUUGCUUUGCUUUUUGCAAAGACUAAACAGUUACCAGUAACUCUUCUGAAAUCAUUCCUAGUAACGAACCUACAUUUAUUUAGAAAGUCCCUAUGGCAUAAACAGCAGCACUGAAUAAAGCUUUGCUACCACCCAUUCUAUUCUUUCCCAGGAGACAUUCAGAGGGUACCAGCUAGACUUUCAGUCACUCCACAUUAUGAAGGAUCUUUAUUUCACAGUCUCAUUGCUUUGGGGCUGUAGAGUAUUUACAGAGGAUUGUUUUGAGCUUUUUGUGCAAAUUUCUAUUGAAUGCUUAUGCAAAAUGUCUAAUUUCUUUAUUUAACUGGUUUUACUAAUGGGGGGUGGGGAGAUGUAGAGCUGCGAGCAUUUUCUCCAGUGUGAAAGAGAAUAUUUAACUCAGCUGUCAUUUUACACACCAUAUAAUUUUACUAUAUAUCUAUUUGUUCACUGCAAGUACUAUGCAAUACCAAGUAAAAAGUGAGCUGAAACUUGCAUUUUUAUCCAAUUUCAACGUUCUAUGCAAAGGGGAAUAACUCCUUUCACUUUUUGUGUUUGUAACCUAAAAAUGCAAUUAUCAAUUCCUUGUGUUUAAGUUUACUGAGCAGGCCUUAAACAGUCGUUCACUUGGUUAGCUAGGAAAGUUUGUGUCAGUUGAAAGAGAAAUUUUAUUCCACUUUACCUCCAAGGAGUUCAGGGUGGCAAACAUGCUAUUUCCCUUCCACUAUUGUGUCCUCACAACUAGCCUAUGAGGUAGGUUAGUCAGAGAUUAUGAACAGACCAUGCAGUGAACUUCAGUGUUGAGCAGGGUUUGAAUUUGGGGUUCCUUAGUGACAAUGAUCAGUGAAGGAACUUGAGGAUGAAGCUGAUGGUGCUCAAGGCUUCUGCUUGUUUUUCAGCAAAGAAAAGCUACUUGAUGCUCUAGUAAAGAGGUAACUUCUGUAGCUUGUGCAUUGCCUUGUUCCAAAUGCCUUUUUAUUCACAUUUGAUCAGCAGUUCAUUUAGCAAUCAGCCAGUUUAAAAGAGCAUUUACAGUGAAAUUCUACACAUGCAUACUCAGAAGUCCCAAUGAGUUCAAUGGAAUUUAUUUCCAGCUGUGUUAGAACUGCAGCCUUAAUUAUGUCAGCACAAGAUAAAAUUCUGGGCAAUGUCACAAGGCACUGCAUACCUGGAGGCUCACAGAUUUAUUUUCAAAGUUUAGGCAAUCAUUCUUUCCAGAAAAAAACCACUUUAUUAUUAGUUUAUUUUGCUUUUGACACUGAUUUGUAUUUUGUUACUUUAGGUUGUUAAAGACCAAAUUCAUUGAGAAUUCACUAUAACCUAAUAAAACCCAACUGUAGGUAAAAAUGCUGUACAAGUUCGCAAAGUGUUUGGUUGUUCUUGCUCAACAAAAUAAUUAAUGAACAUGUUCAACACAUUCUGUUUAUUGGCAUAGUGAUUUUACACAUAUACCGCGAGCCUUCACAGAGCAGGAAGCAGUUAUGUUGCGUACAAGCACACUCAUGAGUCUUCAUUUUGCCUGUUAUAAAUCAAGUCCUGUAAGACAAUUAAGACAAGCAGUUAAGUGUCAUAUUACAAUAUAUAUUUUCAAUUAAAACUGAGAGCCCCCAAACUAAUAUUAUUCCUCAAACUUCUGAGGUCUAACACCUAUUCUGGUAUGUAUUUACAGUGAUAUGUGAACUGCUAUGCAAAACUAAAUAGCCUAAAACUGGCAAAACAGUUCUCACUCCUGUUUCACAGUUAUGAAAGGACUUAUCUGGCAUUGUUUCAACCACGUGUAAAAGGUAAAGGACACCUGAACAGUUAAGCCCAGUCAAACUUGACUAUGGGGUGUGGUGCUCAUCUCGCUUUUCAGGCCGAGGCAGCCAGUGUUUGUCCACAGACAGCUUUCCGGGUCAUGUGGCCAGCAUGACUAAACCGCUUCUGGCACAAUGGAACACUAUGAUGGAAGUGAGAGUGUACAAAAACAGUUUACCUUCCUGCUGGAGCGGUACCUAUUUAUCUACUUGCACUGGUGUGCUUUCAAACUGCUAGGUUGGCAGGAGCUGGGAGAGAGCAACGAGGAGCUCACCCUAUCACGCGGAUUCCAACUGCCAACCUUCUGAUCAGCACAUUGGUAAUACAUGGCACUACAAAAAAAUGGCUUCUUGUUAAAUAGCCAGCAAUGAGGUUUCAAAUGUUAUAAGGUCCAUUAUAUGAAGGUUCUAAUUCUGUAGCUGUAGUCACAAGUUGUUAAGUUAGUGUAAAGGGAACAAAUUAAGAGUACUUAAAUUAUCAGGAAAUAAAUUUAGUAGUUGCUGCUAUACAAACAAAGCAAUUAACAAAUAGUACAUUCUGUCAUAAAUGUGACUGAACAAAAGAAAAGCCAGAAUUAGGGUAAGGGUGGAUUUUUUCCCCUAGUAAUUUUUUUUCUCUGGGAUAAAUUUUCCUUUUUAUAAAGUCAUUAGUAACAAUGAAUGCAUGCCAAUUACAAGUACAGUAUUAAUCAAGCAUGACAUGUUCAAAGCUUCAAUUAAAGUCUUUCUGGGUAAUUAUCUCU